AGUAAGAGCAUCGGUAAUGUACAGAUGCAAUAAAUUUUGUAAGUGAAAAUAAAAAGGAAAAAAGAAAUAAAAAAUGAUGUGGCAUAUCAGUUAUUUAGAACCGUAAAAAAUGGUUCUCUUUUUCUUCUCCCCCCUGUUCUUUAUCUUUUUCUCCCCCCAAAAUUGUGAUUCCCAAACCCCUAAUUUACAAUAUGAAAGAGCAUCGAAAUUCAUUGUUACAAUUGAGUCUGAUUCUAUAAGUUUGUUAACCGAAGACUUUAAAUUUGAAAGCGGAAAUUGGAGUUCCUAUCUUUACUUUGUGUUCAGUUUUGCUCAAAAGAUUACAAUCAUGGGGGAAGAAGAGAGCUGUCAAGUACUUUGUGGUCAAUGCUUUCACUGGCUUUCAAAGGGAAUCCAGCGGCUGUUUGUUUCCUCGACGACGACAACGACAGAGACGACGCCUGGCUUCAGUCUGUCGCCGCCGAAUUCAACAUCUCCGAAACUUGUUUCCUUACUCCGAUCACUGGCUUCGAAGCACGCUUCCAUCUCCGGUGGUUUACCCAUUUAGCCGAGGUUAUGUUUCAAUCUUUAAAAUCUGUCAAUGAAUUGCAACCAAGAAUGGAUGAUAUAUUGAAAUGCCCUUGCGAUGGCAUCCUUGUGACAUCUGCUGCCUGAAUAUGAACAAGUGUGAUUUCUUAGCCUACCAAGUAAUCUUUCUAGUCUCUUUUAAUUUUUGAAGUAGUGUUUUUAGAGAAUGAUUUUGCGUUUUUGGAAAUCUGGUUAGUGUCUUAAAAAUAGAAUCUCUCCAAUGUAGGUCUCACAAUUAAGAAUAAGUUAAUGGAGUGUUUAACAAUUCUGACUAGAAUCAUUAGUUGGAUUUCACUAACUAUUUAUGUAAAGUUCAUGUCGUAUCAAUUAAUAUAUUUAUCAUAACGGGAGGACAUAUAUAAAACACAAAAGUUACAGAAUAUUUAAAACACAAAACACAUUUGCUAUCUAGCAAAAUUCACACUGAAAGAAAAAAAAAAAUCAAAUCACCUCAUUAAUCUUAUCAGACGAAUUAUAUUGGCUUUCAUAAAUAUGAUCAUGUUGCUCUUCAUCUCGUCAAUCCUAA